UUUCAUUCGACUAAUUAUCACUACUUACAGCCAUCCCUCUUUUGUUUCACCAAACCAUGGCCACUAUCUUAGCAGGUCUAAGGAGGCUAGAAGGCAAGGUGGCUCUAAUCACCGGAGCUGCUAGUGGCAUCGGAGAAUGCACGGCAAGACUCUUCUCCAAACAUGGAGCUCAGGUGGUAAUUCAUGGAGCUCAGGUGGUAAUUGCUGAUAUACAGGACGAGUUAGGCCACUCAGUUCGCAAAGAAAUAGAUAGAGAUGGCAAAUACUGCUCAUUUGUCCACUGCGACGUUACUAAAGAAGAAGACGUGGAAAAUGCUGUUAACUCUGCUGUUUCUAAGUAUGGCGAGCUAGACAUUAUGUUCAACAAUGCAGGAAUAGUCGGUGCGGUCAAACCCAACAUUCUGGACAAUGAAAAAGCUGAAUUUGAGAAGAUAAUUAGUGUGAAUUUAGUAGGUGCUUUCUUAGGAACUAAACAUGCAGCUCGUGUAAUGAUCCCUAAUCGAAAAGGAAGUAUAAUGACAACUGCAAGUGUUGCCUCCACAAUUGGAGGACUUGCACCUCAUGCUUACACCAGUUCGAAGCACGGAGUGGUAGGGCUCAUGAGAAAUACUGCAGUGGAAUUGGGGCAACAUGGGAUUCGAGUAAACUGCAUUUCGCCAUACGUAGUUAAUACUCCACUUGCAAGGGAUUUCUUCAAGCUGGAUGAUCAUGGAGUUUAUGAUGUUUAUUCUAAUCUUAAAGAAGCUGUGCUUGAACCGGAAGAUGUGGCUCAGGCUGCUCUUUACCUGGGGAGUGAUGACUCCAAGUAUAUUAGUGGCCAUAAUAUGAUAAUAGAUGGGGGAUUCACUAUUGUGAAUCCAGCUUUCUCUAUAUUUCCACAAUCUAUCUAGUUUUUUCCAGAACUUCUUUCAGUUUGUA